AUGGCGUCAGAAGCACCAGCCACGGCACCAUCGGCCGAGUCGAAGCCGCCUCCUCCGCAGCCCCAGGCAGAUUUGGAUGAUUUUGGACUCCCGAUUCGAACGAGCAAGGAGCGUACGCCUCCGCCGCAAGACUCGGCUUCUACCUCGCCUUCAUUCCAUGAUGCCCAAGAGUUUUCGCCGAAGAAUGAAGAGCCUCCACCUGUUGCGGAACAAAAGGAAGAAGAAAGAGGAGAAAAAGAAGAACAAAAAGCAGCACCCAGCGGCGCGAUUACGCCUACCGGAGAUCAAGAAAGGGGGCAUGCAGGUCUUUCAAACGAAGCUCAGCAAUCCACUUCCGUCACUGGACUGGGCGUGACGAUUGAAGAAGUUACAAAACCAGAAUUGGCGGAUGCGGCAGACUCAUCCGCUAAUCAUACGACAGAACAUACACAAACUGGUCAAGACAGCUCUGACGCCAGGGCGUCUCACGAAAAACAUGCCGCAGUAGGCGCUUCGGAAUGGUCCCAUCAGAAGCUCACCGAAGAGCACGGUGACGAAGAGAGCGAUAGUGAAGACGAUUGGAAAGCUAUGCCGGCUCUGGGGGAGCUUGAUCAUUAUGAUGACUACGGCAGACUGGUUGCCAAAGGCUCGCGGAUUGAAGACGAAGACUACGCCGACAUAGGAAGUGCCGCUCGCGGAUACACGCGUGUGCAGCUAGACGAAGAUGCUCAGUCUGCAACCAGCAUGGAUGAGGAUACAAGCUAUCUCUUCAAAGAAAGCCACGGCACUUCGCUUGGAAUCGACGAUGAAACUCGCGACCCGCUCAGCCAGCUCCAGGCUACCAAGGUUAUCCUCAGCGAGGGCCAGCGUAUCGCAUAUGUUGGUGUGGUUCGACUAGCUGUAUACCAAAUGACCAAGGAUUUGGAGAACGUCGUAGCGACCAAGUCCUCCAAGAAGGCCUUUCAAGACGCUCUGGACUCGACGAAGAAAUGGAGUCAAGCAGUCAUGAUGCGCCUUUUUGCACACAUGGACAUUGAUUCCGCAGAGCAGGUCAUGAUUGAGCAGCUGGCGGAGCACGGUGUGCAAUCUGCAGACCUUGUGCCAACGCUGAUGAAAAGUGCUCGAGUUGAAAACCCCAUGGCUGAAGAGCAAAGUCCAUCUCUAAAUUCUCCGUCGAUUUCGUCGCCCAGCCUUGGCAGUGGACAUAGAGACAGUCUCAGUCCAUCUGAAACGAACAACAAAACCCCCGAGAAUGAGAAAGAAGCGUCGCUGUCUCCUGGAACUGACGGUGUGCCAGAAGUGCAAACUCCGUCUCAAAUGCCAACUUCGGCCAAGAUAGAAAUCGAUCUUCGCUGGACUGUCCUAUGUGACCUUUUCCUUGUCUUGAUUGCAGAUGCUAAUUACGACUCUCGAUCACGCUAUUUACUAGAGCAGGUUGGAAAAGCCAUGAAUAUUUCGUGGAUGCAGAUAUGCCGAUUUGAGAAAAAGGUCAUCGAUGCCUUGGAGAUGGAACAAGCGGCCGCCAAAGAAACAUGGGACGAAUCAGAACACAUGGAAGAGCGCCGAAAGAAAUCAAUGAAGAAGAAAUAUAUGCUUAUGGGCCUAGCAACCGUAGGCGGAGGCUUGGUUAUAGGCUUAUCGGCUGGUCUACUGGCGCCCGUCAUUGGCGCCGGCCUAGCAGCUGGGUUUACGACGAUUGGCAUAUCCGGCACUGGUGCUUUCCUGGGAGGAGCUGGCGGGACUGCAUUGAUUGCCUCUGGAGCUACUCUUACCGGUAGCUAUACAGGAUUGAAAGCCUCUCAUCGGCGGACAGCUGCCGUGCAAACAUUUGAAUAUCGACCUUUACACAACAAUCAAAAGGUCAAUCUGAUCGUUACUGUUUCGGGAUGGAUGACUGGAAAGGUUGAUGACGUCCGGUUACCUUUUAGUACAGUGGAUCCAAUCAUGGGAGAUAUAUACUCUGUCUUCUGGGAGCCCGAAAUGCUGCAAAGUAUGGGUUCAACCAUCAACAUUCUGGCAACAGAGGCACUGACCCAAGGUUUGCAACAAGUGCUCGGUAGCACCAUUUUGACCGCAUUAAUGGGAGCUCUUCAACUUCCCCUCGUGCUCACUAAGCUAUCCUACCUUAUCGACAAUCCAUGGAAUGUCUCCCUAGUGCGGGCAAACGCAGCCGGGUUGAUUCUUGCGGAUUCUCUCAUGAGCCGUAGCCUUGGAAAAAGACCAAUCACCCUACUUGGUUUUUCUCUCGGUUCGCGAGUGAUCUUCUCCUGUCUCAAGGAACUUGCCAGGAAGGGUGCACACGGGAUUAUUCAAAACGUUUAUAUGUUUGGCUCGCCAAUAGUGGCCAACAAAGACGAUUAUAUGAAAGCCCGGAGCGUCGUGGUCGGACGCUUUGUGAAUGGUUAUUCCUCAAACGACUGGAUUCUGGGCUACCUAUUUCGAGCGACCAGUGGUGGCAUCAUGCGUGUCUCUGGCCUUGCGCCUGUUCUCGACGUCCCGGGGCUCGAGAAUUUGGAUGUCACAAACCUCGUCAGCGGACACAUGAGCUAUCGUACCGCAAUGCCGCGACUGCUGCGCGAAGUUGGCUGGGAGGUACUCAGCGACGAAUUCGCAGAAAUCGAAGACCCAGAUCCCGAGAACCACGCGGAACGACAGCGCGAACUGAUCCGCGAAAUCGACGAAGCCCGCAGGGAGGCAGAGGAGAAGCCAGACAAGAAGAAAUUCGGCUUGUUCAAACGGUCUCGUCUCGCAAAGAAGAAAGGCUGGGAGACAUACGACCCAGAUCAAGUAGACUCAUCAUCGCCGCAUAGUAACAAUUCACCGGGAUCGACGUUUGUGCAAGAUAGUAUUCUUUUCGAUAUCGAUGCUAUCAAAGCAGAACUCGCCUCGGAGCAAAUCGAGGUCAAGCAGUUAGAGUCCACGCUACCUCCGAUCAAGGUGGAAUUGAACAGCCCUCAGCAUCCUGCAGAACCAUCACCCCGUCCAGACCUGAAGCAAUCCAAAAGUGCAGAUGAUGCCGCUACGCUGGUGGACAAACAGUCCACGACCACCGACCCAAAGACCUCCCCUCCUCCCCCUCCUCUUCCAGUUUCAGAAGCUAAACCAGACGAGGAUGCUCAAUUGACCUUUGACACAUCUUACCACGUUCCCUCGCAUGACGCUCGGCCUCCACUUCACUCAGCCGCGACUAUGCCCGCUGAUUUUGGACAUAAUGCCUGGGCUGACGACGACGGACAUGGACAUGGACACGGACACCAUGGCGAGGAAGAGGAAAUCCAGAUGACGUUUGAAUGA